AUGUGGCAGUCUAGGACAGCUCAGCGUCAGAUCGGCGCAGCAAUCAGCUUCGAUGCGCAGAGAUCAUCGAGGCUACCUAGACUUCGUCCUCUGUUCUUUCCGACCUAUCAUGUCAGACCUAUGGAAUUUCCACAGUUGAAAUGGAAGAAAGACGUAGACUUCUCUACGAUCCAAGACUCUGAUGAGAUGAUCUCGAAGGUCCUUGGAGCAGAAACAAGUCAGGUUGCUGUGCAGCAGAGGAUCCGCAAGGAGACUAUCCUCAGGGAGUUGCGAAUGCAAGGCGCAGUUUCCGGCGAUCUGCACAGUAACACUGCUCAUACAAUGUCGCUGUCGGAGAUGACGAGCGACAGGCAUGAAGGAGUUGACGUAAAGAUGUUAGAUUUCGUGCACUGGGCGCUGGCGAAGAGGAUCACUUCACUGCCAGAGGACACGAUCAGGUGCAUUGGGGAAAGCAACCUGACGGAUCAUCAGCACGCCGAGUUCCACAACGCGAGUGAAUGUGUCGGGAGGAGAAUCCGGGCUGGCCUUGCUGCUCCUUCGGAGCGGAUGGUGCGAGACUAUAUCGAGAGCCCUGGCAACUACCUCAGAUUGAUUUCUUGCACUCAAUCCAUGAACGCGUCCUUGAAGCAAAUUGUUGAGGGCUGUGUUUCCAAGAUACAGAUAGACAGAGAUCAGCCCAUCGCUCGAUUUUGGGCGAAUGCUGUUUCUCCGCAUGCAUCUUCACCGCUGGUGCACGUGCAUUAUGAAAGUGCGGAUGUCAAAGUUUACUACUUCGUGCAACACGCAUUGAUGCAGCGGUUGACGGGGAUGGAGGGAGGAGGAGCAGACUGUCUGCAGGAGCAUGGGCUGAACAUGUCACAACUGGCUUCCUUCGCAAACUCAAGCAUGUGCUUGGGGGAAGAGAUCAAGGAGAAUAUAGGACCUGGCGAUAGUGAGAGGAUGGUGAAGGACUUCCUGGAGGGCCCAGACAACUACAACAAGCUGUAUCACUGUGUACAACUUCUGGACGACGAAACGAAGGCUGCGGUGGGAGCUUGUCUCUCUAGGCUGGGAGCUGCAGACAGCUCGCCGGUCAGGGAGUUCUGGGAGUCGAGCCUUGGCUACUACUGGGCAUGA